AUGGAGGAUGUGAAGACACAUCUCAAAGCUGUCAGUUCUAUUCCAGCUCUGUAUUUGAUUGUCCCCGGUGUUCUCACUAUUGACGAACUUUGCAUCUGGCGCCUCAAUCAGCAUACAAAUAUCGGCUCUGUGCAUGUUGUUCUCGAUGGAAAUAUUAAUAUAUCAGAGUUAGGAGGUGUGAUGGACGCAGUUCGUCAAUGUCUCUGCGCAUUUAAUGUGCACUUCGUUACGAUCCAGCCGGACAUCUCACAGAUGCCCGUUCUGAAGCAAAAGCAGGGCAUAGGUAAAGACGCCAGAAAAGGGAAUACCAUUGUUGUAGAAGAAGAUUACAUUUGA